CACCAGUGAAAUUGACUAUUAUUCAAAAUCACUUUAUUUAAAGUUAUUUAAAUCACAAUCCAAAGAUUUAAGUGUGAUAACUAAAAAUAUAAUAUUCAUUUUAUCAAUAAAAUAUAAAUCUGUUUUAUGAAACCAGUCAAGAAUUGAUAUUGCGAUAAAGUUGAAAAUUUAUUAAAGCUAUUAUGGAGUGUAAAAGAUAUACAGAAGCUUUUGACGUGCAACGUCGUGAUGCCAACGAAGUAAUUGAAGAAUUUGCCGAUGAAUUGGCUGUGAUGCAUGGAAAGUGCAUAGAUAUUGGAUGUGGUCCUGGCCACAUCACUAAAGAGCUUAUUUUACCGAAAUUGCCAACUGACUCAAUUGUUGUGGGUGUUGAUAUUUCAGAAUCGAUGGUCACAUAUGCCAAUAAAAAUCAUCAAAAAGAAGAAAGACUGUCAUUCAAACAGUUAAAUAUUGAGGAUGAAGAUCUACCUAUCAAAGAACAUGAAAAAUAUGAUCAUGCUCUUUCCUUUUACUGUCUUCACUGGUGUCAAAACAUGAGGCUUGCUCUUGAGAAUAUUUAUAAGCUUCUAAGACCAGGAGGUCGAGGUCUGGUCAUGUUCUUAUCUCAUAAUAGUGGGUUCGAUGCUUAUAUAAGAAUGCAAAACAAUUCUCGAUAUAAACCGUACAUGGAGGAUGCCUCAAGGUAUGUUCCAGAAUAUCACAGCUGUCCUAAUCCAAGAGCAAUGAUGAAGAAAACUUUGGAGGAAGUGGGCUUUGAAGUGCUGCACUGCAGCAACAGGGAGAAAACGUUCGUCUUCGAGAGCAUGGAAAUUUUACAAAAGCAUAUUAUCGCAGUAAAUCCAUUCUUUAAUAGAAUUCCAAACGAUUUGAAAGAUGAAUAUAAAGUUGAAAUAACGAGGGAAGUUGUACGAGAUAAAAUAAUAUUUGAAAGUCAAAAGAAUAAAUCUAAUGGAUAUAGUGUGCUUGAUAGAUAUGAGCUGUUAAUAGCAUACUUCAAGAAACCAGCUUAA